AUGGAGGCAAAACUACCACUAAUCACAAACAAAGUAUGGAGCUUGGUGCGUGCAAUACUUUUCACGUUGAAAAAAGAUAUUUCCAAACGAAAGUUCUUGGUUAAUCUUAACAUGAUGAUGAAGCAUAGCAAGAUGGCCCGAAAAUCACCAUCCGAUGAAUACGAAUUCAGUUGUAGCAACACCCCUCGUUACCCACUCUCUCUCUUUUCCACCCACAACAAACGCCAAAACAACUGCCAUCGUCUUGUUAACCCUAACCCGCCACUUGCUAUGGACGAUUGUGAUGAUAUAACAAUAGACCCGGCCGUCAUUAAAGUUCUACACACGCUGUCAAACGAUGCCGUGUAUUCACCGUUUACGGUAGCUCACGGUUUGGAAGAUGGUCAGGUGGACAAGGGAGCUGACAAGUUCAUAAGAAGGUUUUUUAGUGAUCUGAAACAGCAAGAUAAUUGA